AUGGCAGAGUCUGGGACCCUGCCCACCGGCUUCGGGGAGCUGGAGGUGCUGGCCGUGGGGACGGUGCUGCUGGUGGAAGCUCUUUCUGGCCUCAGCCUAAACAUCCUGACCAUCCUCUCUUUCUGCAAGACCCCAGAGCUGCGGACCCCCAGCCACCUGCUGGUGUUGAGCUUGGCGCUGGCCGACAGCGGGAUCAGCCUGAACGCCCUCGUUGCAGCCACGUCCAGCCUCCUCCGGCGCUGGCCCUACGGCUCGGAAGGCUGCCAGGCUCACGGCUUCCAGGGCUUCGUCGCGGCGCUGGCCAGCAUCUGCAGCAGCGCAGCCAUCGCCUGGGGGCGCUAUCACCACCACUGCACCCGCAGCCGACUGGAUUGGAACACGGCCGUCUCCCUGGUGUUCUUCGUAUGGCUGUCUUCUGCCUUCUGGGCGGCACUGCCCCUCCUGGGCUGGGGCCACUAUGACUAUGAGCCACUGGGGACCUGCUGCACUCUGGACUAUUCCAGGGGGGACAGAAACUUCACGAGCUUCCUCUUCACCAUGGCCUUUUUCAACUUCCUCGUGCCCCUCUUCAUCACAGUCGUAUCCUAUCGGCUCAUGGAGCAGAAACUCAGGAAGACCAGCCGUCUCCCGGUGAACACCGUCCUGCCAGCCAGGACGCUGCUGCUCGGCUGGGGCCCCUACGCUCUCCUGUAUCUGUACGCCACCGUCGCGGAUGCAACCUCCAUCUCCCCCAAGCUGCAGAUGGUGCCCGCUCUCAUUGCCAAGGCAGUGCCCACAGUCAACGCCAUGAACUAUGCCCUGGGCAGCGAGAUGGCGCACAGGGGAAUCUGGCAGUGCCUCUCGCCACAGAGGAGAGAGCGCAGCCGAGAGCAGUGA